CCCGUGACCUUUCUGUUAGUUAUCCUUUCUUUCCCUAUUUCUCUUUCUCUCUCUCUCUCUAAAAGCGCUUCGAUUUUAUUCGCUCGCAAUAAAAAAAUACAAAAAAAUCUCUACGAAUUUUGGUUUUCUUUUUUCACCCUAUUAUUCGAUUUGACUGUUUUACAACAGUCAAUAUUUCAAUUUUUUUAUUGGGUGCUGACGUGGCAUGCAUCCAAUAGAGAAUCACCAUGAACACCAAAACGAUGCGUCUUCCUCCACGUCGCAUUCUAACGGCGGAUAAGCGCAAAGAAAGAGACGCCUUCAUCUCCUCCGUCACCGAUAAACCGCCGGUAAUCGCCGUCGCCAAGUUUACCCCACCGCCGCCGAAUCUUGCUCCUCCGCCGGUAAAUCCCAUUUCCAGGAAAUCUUCAAUCGCAGCAGCCGAGCCGGUCGGCUCGAACCAAUUGAUGUUAGCCGGUUAUCUGAGCCACGAGUUCCUCACCAACGGCACACUCUUCGGAGAGCAAUGGAACCCGGCUCGAGCCCAAGCCGGUCCGUUUUCGGCCCAAUCAGUGGAGCCCAGGAAGGUAAAGCCGAGCCAUAUUAUUGGGCCGGCUGAGGAAAGUGAGCCGAAACGGAAGAGGUAUGUGGAGGUUGCUAAUCUUCUCCGGUCAGACGGGGCCCAUCUGCCCGGCAUCGUCAAUCCUACCCAGCUUGCCCGGUUUCUCAAACUCUGAUCGGCGUAAUCUGGUGGCCACGUGGAGAUAGAUCAUUGGUCUGUCGCCCGGCAAGCGAGACAGCGUUAAAACCGGAACCUUCCCCUUCUUCGUCUCUCUCUUUUUUUCAAAUAUUUUUUUUAAAUCCUCUCUGUAAAGCUUACUCUCUCGCUCUCUCUUCUCUUCUCAUCGUCUUCAUCGUCUUCCUCAGAAAUCAAUUGAGAAAAUUUAGGGUUUGUUGUUGAAGUAGAUGUUCUUGUUUUGUACAUCGGAAAUAUCAAUUAGCCAAUGGAUUAUAUUUUCAAAAUUGAACAGUCAAAGUUUAACCCUUUUCUCAUUGUGUGUAUGGAUUUUGAUGGUUCCAAAGUUAGUAAAGAUCUAUACAAAUCGAUAUAAGAAAAAAGAUCAAUUUUAAUUAUUGAACUUCGUGGAUGGAUCUUAGAAUCGAACGAGAUCGUCAUUCUCUGGAAGACAAAAUUUGGUGAUGGCUUAGUAUAGUCGCAGUUAUUGAUGUUUAAAAAAGCUCUAUGCAGUUAUUGGAUCUCUGUUUUUAGAGUUUGUGGAAGAGAUCAUUAGAUCAUGUAUAUCUGUUUUGAAACUACGAUUGCAAAAAAAAAAAAAAAACUACGA